GAGGGAGGGCUACCAACUUCACCAUAUAAUCUUUUCACUCAACCACUUCAUACUUGAUCAACCAGAUUCUCUCAACUAUAAUGAAGGUUUUCAUUAUUCUCGCUGUCGUAGUAGCCAUGACUCUAUCCGUGGAAUUCAGAGCCGAGGACCUCACUUAUCAAGUCGAAGAUGGCCCCUCGAUCAACAUUUUUGAGCUCAUUCAAAAACUGAUCAACAUUGGACUGCCUGUUGCCUGCGGAACUGAGGUUGGAGAACUCAUCGACCAGCUCAACCUACCUCAAGAGAUCGUUGGACUUCUCAACAUGGCCAAAUCUAUCGUCUGCGUAAACUUUUCCGAGAACCUCACUUAUCAAGUGGCAGAUGGCCCCUCUCAUAACAUCUUCGAGCUCAUCCAAAAACUAUUGGAAAUUGGACUGCCCGUUGCCUGCGGAACUGAGGUUGGAGAACUCAUCGACCAGCUCAACCUACCUCAAGAGAUCAUUGGACUUCUCAACUUGGCCAAAUCUAUCGUCUGCCCCAAAUAAUUAUGAAGAAAACAAUCUAACAUUU